GGAGGAGGGAAAACCACGGCGCGCGUGUGGCCUCUUGGCGAUCGGCAUCUGCCUUGAUAUAGACUCCAGUACUGCGGCUUUCCAGAUGAGAGCAGAAGGCCGCUCUUUGGUGCCUGUGACAGCGCCGCCAGAUCAGCGCAACAUGGGAGGCGGCGAGCAGCAGCUGGCGCCCUCCAGCCCUCCACCAGACACCAGCAGCACACACAGCGGCGCAACCGACCCGCUCGCAUCAUUCCCAUGGGACCCCGCGGAGAUGGGUAACUAACUACUCACUGACACGUACACCGCCCGCAAGGAGCAUACCACGGUGUGGUGACAGCGUCGCUCGGUGUACGGGCGUACUCUGAUGUGCUGUGUGCUGUGUGUGUGGUGUGUGUGCAGAGUAUUUGUCGUUGGACGACACUGGUGCGACUUAUCCCUACGGCCUUCGGUGGCGAGUGCUGAUCCCCAGCCUGGUGUUGAUCUGUGUGGGGUGCGUCAUGUUUGUCAAGGCGACGGUGGACCAGCACUACGCCGACACGUUCCACAACUGGAACGUCUACGGCAUCCCCAUCCCCCACGCAUUCCUAUUCCCCUUCCUCGCAGUCGUCAGCGUCGUCGUCUUCGCAAUGGCCAUGGCCCACCUCUACUACAAGGUGGUCCUGCGGCCCACACUCGUGCUGCGCCCAACCUUCGUGUGUGUGCCGUCACUGCGGUGCUUCCUGAGGGUGCGGGUGCGGGUCGUGCACUUCAACACCGUCAUCAGCAUGACUCGCCUCAGGCGGCGGGGCACCUCCUGCUUGGGGCUCAGCCAGCGCAUCGAGGUGGCCUACAGGAAACCCUCCACAUCUGUCCAUUCGCCAUCCACCUCUUCCAACAUCCUCUCGCACAUCGGCGGACUCACGAGCGGGUUGGUGGCACCUGACAGCAGCGAGUCGAGUGUGCGCGACCGUGUGAUGAUCGACUCGCUGCAGCUGCCGUCUGAUAAGGAUUUCGACGACGUGUGGAGCUUUCUUCUGUCGCAAGCCAACCCGCAGAGGGAGGAAUCGAGACUCACUGCCAGUGACCCGUGAGUGACCGAUGGUCGCGGCAGUGAGAACUGUGUGUAAUGUAUGUGAGUGAGAGUACUAAGUGACGUACGUGCCUGCUUGUUGGUGGCACGGCACGUGUCUGUCUGUCGGUCAGCCAGCCAGCCAGCCAGCAGCCGGCCAGACUGAGUAUGUGGGUGGCGGGGAAGGUAAGGUAGGUACCUUGGGUGUGGUGUACAGCUAGCUGUGUGGUGACUUUGUGGGGCGGCCCUUGGUGGUGUCCGCCUGGGUGAGGUCAGGUGAGGUGAGUGCGUCUUUUUCUGUGGCAUGCCGUCGUGUGUGUUAUCAUGUGGUGCCGAAAGACUCAUGAUCAGGACGAGUGAUGCGACUUGGUCUGGUGUGAAUCAUGG